GGGCGGGCGAUCAGUCAGCUGACGGCAACCGCGGAGGAGGAAGAGGAGGAGGAGACGCGGUUUUUCUGGGUCCCAGGUCCAGGCGGUGAGCAGGUGACGCGGCCAUGGCGACCACCGUCAGCACCCAGCGGGGCCCGGUUUACAUCGGGGAGCUGCCCCAGGACUUCCUGCGCAUCACGCCCACCCAGCAGCAGCAGCAGAUCCAGCUGGACGCCCAGGCGGCGCAGCAGCUGCAGUACGGCGGGGCCCUGAACACCGUGGGCCGCCUCAGCAUCACCGUGGUGCAGGCGAAGCUGGCCAAGAACUACGGCGUGACCCGCAUGGACCCGUACUGCCGCAUCCGGCUGGGCUACGCCGUGUACGAGACGGCCACCGCCCACAACGGCGCCAAGAACCCGCGGUGGAACAAGGUGAUUCAGUGCACGGUGCCCCCCAGCGUGGACUCGUUCUACCUGGAGAUCUUUGAUGAGCGCGCCUUCUCCAUGGAUGACCGCAUCGCUUGGACCCACAUCACCAUUCCCGAGUCCCUCAAACAGGGGAAAGUGGAGGACGAGUGGUACAGCCUGAGCGGAAGGCAGGGCGACGACAAAGAAGGGAUGAUUAACUUGGUCAUGUCCUACACGUCUCUGCCGACCGCCAUGAUGAUGCAGCCCCAGCCUGUGGUCCUGAUGCCCACGGUGUACCAGCAGGGGGUGGGCUACGUGCCCAUUACAGGGAUGCCCGCGGUCUGCGGCCCGGGGGUGAUGCCCUUGGCGGUGGCCCCCCCGGUGCUCAGCCCCCAGCCCCCGUGCAGCGAAGAAGAUCUGAAAGCCAUCCAGGACAUGUUCCCCAACAUGGACAGAGAAGUGAUCCGCUCGGUGCUGGAAGCCCAGAGGGGGAACCGCGAGGCCGCCAUCAACUCCCUGCUUCAGAUCGGGGAGGAGUCGUAGGGCCUUCCCUCGGGGCCGCGGCCCUCGCUGCCCCUGCUCCUCGACCCGGCCCGGGGUGGGGGUGGGGGUUGCCCCGGAGCGUCCUGUCCGAGGGGCGCCCCCUCCCGUCCCCGGGCCUUAGUGUCCCCAGCUGCAGACUCUCUCUUCGGUCACUUUGCAGAUGCAUGUGGGUCUUUCCAGUUAAUUGCCGUCUGUGCUGUUCUGUGGAGGCGGGAGAAGCGUCCUCUGUAUUUAUUCCCUCCCUGUGCCCUUCCUGGUGGCCGCGGGGUCAGCGCCCCCCGACCUCUGGCCCGGGGCGCUCCGUUACCGCCUGCCCUGGGCCGGAGAGGGGAAGCCCGCCCUGCCGCCGCCGCGCCACCCGCCCCUUCCCGGGCUCUGCCCCUGCCAUGGCAGUGCCCGCCUCCCGAGGGUCCUCGCCGGGCCCGCCUGUCACAAGGCCCGCCCCCCCCCCCCCCGACCGCGUGUGGUAGCCUGGAAGCAUGUCGCUUCGGGGGUCCGCCUUGGCCGGAGAAGAGCCCCCUUCCCGCUCGUACCGUCUCCCGCUGCUUUACUACUGAGGGGGCCGGAGCUCCCUGCCCUCGGCCGUGCCCGGUCGGCCUCCUCCCUGCGGACGGGGCAGCGGCCCCUUCUGUGGGAGGGCGAGUCCGGGGGCUCCCAGAAGUUGCGCACUUUAUGGCGGCCCGGCCUCUACGCCGGGCCUCCGGGGGGGGGGGGGACUGGCCCUGGGGGAGGCUCUGGCUGCUUCCUGCCCCCUCCGAGAACGCCCCGUUCCCCGCUCGACGGGCUGUUGACUAUCAGAGCUGUUGUGUCUGGCGCGCGCGCUGGCGAGGGGGCAGCGGCGUCAGUCUCAGGACAGGACCAAAUGCUUUUGUGGAGCUUUUUUUUCAUAGCAGGGAAGGCAGUAGCCCCCUCCCCCCUCCAGCCCCCCAUAAAAACUGCUGAGAUUUCCUUUGAGGGCCAGAGCCUGGCCCUGAGUCACCACCCGGAGGACAGCCCCGAGACCGGGCGGCUGUGCCCUUGUCUGAGGCGGGGCUGCCUUGCCUGCGAGGGCUGGGCCCGGGCGCUCCCCUACGUGGCGCUCCUGGGGUCUGUAGCAGCUUGGGAGGCGGAGACUGCGCCAAAAUGGGGGCGCGGGGCCCAGGAAGGACUUGGAGAAGGGUGAUGGGCCCUUCCCCGCCGGGGCUCCCGUGGGAAGGCGGCAGCCCCUGGGGCUUCUGGCAGCAGCCCGGCCGGGCCGAGGGCCUCCCGGGGCCCUUCCUGCCUCUGCUGGGACGACCGGGGGGCCUCGAGCGCCGCUUCGUGGCUGGGGUUCGGUGUCUGCAGUUUUUCUCUCAUUGUCACAUACGUUUCGGUCUAAUUUAAUAAAUGAUCAUCUACAUGAA